UUUCACCACACCACCCAAUUUGCUAUCUCUUACGGGUAAGAAUUUCUGUUAACCACAUCCAAAGUGCUACCCCCGUCUGUUUUUAUUGCAGUCCCCCCAUCCCUGGACAGGCUCCAUUCCUGGAUAGGCUCGUAAAAGGUUCAGUCUUUGAAGCUACGGUACACAGGGUUACCGUAGCUUCAUCAAAUUCAGCAAAAGAGCUUCGACGGAAUAACAACACACGCGAUGGGGUAAAAAAACAUAUGCCAAACGAUGGGCCUCUUUACUUUACGGAAAAUCGGGCUAGUUGUUAUAGGAAUAUCUGCAGUAGUAGGUUCAGGGCUGAGCUCUAGAUUUCUUGACACAUUAUGCUCAUCCAGCGCAUACAAGAGUUAUUUUGCGACGCUUAUUAAAAUGGGUCGAAAAUACCAGGGCCACUCACAAGUCACAGAUAUGGACAAGACAAUGUUCAAAGGAAUCAAGGAAACAGCCGAGCAGGUUGGAGGUGAUGUUCUUGAAAUAGGAAGUGGAACAGGCAAUGCUUUGAGAAUGUUAUCUUUGCCAAAGGGCAGUGAAUUCAUCGCGUUAGACCCAAACCCUCACAUGGAAAAACACUUCAGAGAAGAGUUGGACCGCUUUCCUGAUGUGAAGCUGAAGGCAUAUUUAGUACAAGGAGGGGAGGACUUGAGCGGGAUAGCCAGUGAUUCACUUGCGGUGGUGUUUGUUUGUGAUGUGUUGUGUUCUGUACCCGAGGAUAGCUUGGAUCAAUUGUUGGGAGAAGUAAAAAGAGUUCUAAAACCGGGAGGACGUUUCUAUUUUAUUGAGCACAUAGCUGAUGAAUCUGGGACCUGGCGACGAUCAUGGCAAAGAUUACUGUCAAGUCAACUUGGGGUGUGGCCUCGUCUCUUUGGCAACUGUCAUUGUGAUCGAGACACCGAUAAGGCAAUACAAAUGGCUGGCUUUAGAGAACUUGAAAUGGAAAAGGCCUACUUGUCAAAUGAGGAAAAAAGUUUGUUUGUGAGAAAAUUUAUGUAUUUUAUUGCAUAUUUUGUCAGUGGCAAUGCCAAAAAAUAGCAUUUCAACUUAGUGAAUUAUUUUAAUUAAAAUAUAAAAUUAAAUAAGCACUAUAGAUUUCCCUAACUUUUGUAAAACUAAAAUUGUACUUCUUAACUAUUGCUAUGAAACAUACCUGAACAAUUGCAAAGUGAUAACCCUAUUUUAAAAGUGGCCACCUACCGAACAGUGUUAAAGCCGCAUUGUCAUCAGUUUACUUCCGGUCGAUUACGUAAGAAUCUCCUAUGAUUUUUAACGGAAAACACGAAAAAUAUUUCAAAAUAUAGAAAGCAGUGUGUCUAUUGGAAGUUUCUUCAAGGAUGUGACUGCUAAUUUAGAGCGGAUGGCCUGUUAAAUAUUUCGGAUUCUAAUAGAUUCUUUUGUCUUUUAACGGUUGAGGUUUCCGUCGGACCUCCGGAAGUAAACUGGUGACAAUGCGGCUUUAAGUGCUCGAUAAAGGUUGGCUGUUAAUGAGGGUUCAAAAAUUUUGUCUCUCUUAACAUUAGCCUGUUUCCUUUUACUAUUAUUCUUGUCACCAAAGGUUAUUUAUCCAAUAAUGAUAUUUUCUGACCACUAACAGUGAAUAAUACAUUUGGGAGUGGAAAAUGGUAGCCACCUAAGUGGUGGUCGCUUUAUUGAGGCUGACUGCUUAAUAGGUGGUCUAUUUAUUGAGGCUGACCGCUUAAUAGGUGGUCACUUUAUUGAGGCUGACUGCUUAAUAGGUGGUCGCUUUAUUGAGGCUGACCGCUUUAUAGGUGGUCGCUUUAUUGAGGGUGACUGCUUAAUAGGUGGUCGCUUAAGGAGUGGUCACUUAGUAGAGGUACCAUUGUAAAUUAUUUGGGUAAAUAAAUGAAUGCACUUUA